UUUAUUAAAAUGUCGUACGAAGAACCGCAAAGUUAUGUCAAUUGUAUUAUUAACUUUGGAGUGGUACCUGUGGGGACUACGGUCAUUAAGAAGUACCCGUUGAAGAAUAAACACUAUGAUGCUGUAACCUUUUAUGUCACUCGCAGCACAAACACAAAUCCUAUUUAUUAUGUUUUUGAUGUUAAUAAGUACGAGACCAAAGUACCGGCCGGAGGAACAUUUAUGUUGAAGAUUAGCUACACACCUAAUAUUUCAGGAAGCAUCGAUUAUGAUUACUUUACAAUUACUAAUACGCAACACCACUUCUACAAAUUGUGUUUCAACGGGGAGUCUACAGGUCCCUCAGUGAAAGUUUCCAUUCGGAGCCUAAUUUUUUUCCAAACUCCCAAACGCAUACAGUCUAAGCAAAUGUUCACCCUAACUAACCCCUCCAAAGUGCCUGCGAUCUUUCAGUUCGACGUGGGGGAAGAAGAACAAGGAGUCUUUACAGUGGAGCCCAUUCUUGGCACACUAGGACCAGAAGGACAGGCUUUGAUUACAGUCAGAUUUUUGCCCCAAGCUCACCGACUGUAUUCUCGUCAACUUUGUUGCCUGGUCCUCUACCACCACCCCCUUAUCAUCCACUUGUUCGGAAUCUGCUCCCUCAGCGACGAAUACGACAACCCAGAACUGGCUUUCCGAUAUUAUCCUUUCCCUCACGAGGAGACGGUCGGUUUUAAAGGAUAUUUCAGCGAUAGCGUCACCAUGAAACACGUGCCCCCUCCCAUCUCAUUAACUGUUAAUUACCUGGACUUUGGACGGAUACUGCCGGACAGUUCGUGUCAAACGUUGACCACCAGUUUCACUAAUCACAUGGAUAACGAAGUCGCAGUGGAAUGGGAGGAGAUAAAUUUAUUUCGACUAUAUCCGGAAAAACUGGAAAUUCCUCCCAAGAAGUCGGCUUUGUACGAGUGUCGAUUUCAACCUGAUGACACUUGUAGAUUAUCAGGGGCGAUACUCAACGGACACGUGACGUGGAGUCUUUUUUUUGAUAGCGACUUUCCAGAAUCGAUUAAUGUGCCGAUUCCUAUUACUCUACGUGUGAUAGGUCACAGCUUCCCAAAGAAUCAAAUUUGGAUUCCGUCUAUAUCUAUUACUCCUAAUAAUGUGAUUUUGCCUUUGAAUCUACCCAAUUUUCCUUCGUGGACGACGUUCAUCAUUCGAGCUCAUGGACACUUGCCGGUUUUGUAUAAGCUAGUGCCACCCAGCAAAACAAAUUUCAUAAUGAAACCCAUGGUUGGGUUAAUACGAACGUACCAAAUAGUGAUAGUGCAAUUAGAGAGUACAUCUACUGAAAAAAAAACUUAUAUAGAACAAUGGAGACUCGAGCUCAAUGGCCAUUUACACCCCGAUAUUCAAAUUUACGUGAAAGCACAAACCGAUGUACCCCGCGUUAAGGUGGCUCUAGACAACAUUAUACGAUUUGAGCCAAUGCAACCUGGGAUCCACUUCGGUGAAUACGUUCCAGUUAAAAAUGUGUCCUAUUGUCGGUUGCAAUACCAGUUUCUCCCAGCACCUCAGUUCGAAGUCGAUCCUGCCACCGGUGUACUAGCAGCAAACGAAGAAAUUUUCACUAACAUAUUCUACACCUCUAAGAUAGACGAAAUUGGCGACAAAAUAGUCGAGAUAAUUUGUCGUGUCCAGUGCAUUUAUAAAAACAGUCUGGUGGGUGAAUCCGUGGACAUUCCAGUCACCGUUAUCCUAAAAUUUGUUUACACAGAACUUUGUGCACUACCGUCCAGUUAUCAAUGCGGGGAAGUGAAUUAUGGCACGGUUAUCGAGACGUGCUUCUACAUAUACAAUUUUGGUGAAGCUAAAAUCAAUUUUAAGCUAUGCCACGACCACGAUUUAAAACACGUGUCUUUGAAUCCAGUGAUAGGGAAAUGUGGUUCUAAGGAAAAACUGAUAGUUAAAUUGAGAUUCACUGUGACCCGAAUAGGGAAACACACGCUUUUCAUUUCGUACAACAAUCGCUUGGAUCGUUACACCGAAACCCUCGCCGAAGAAGGGGGGAAAAUCAUCUUCAGGGUACACUACACCUGCACUUUUCCCACACUGCAAAUCGUGGAUUUACUGGAACACAAUUUUUCGCUUAUGAGCAACGCCGACUUAUGGCAACUCCUGCGGAUCGACGAACUCAACGCCGCUUUCAUAGAAACAAAUCAAGGUGAAAUAAAACGAGUGAACGUGAACGUCCCAGACAGUGAAGUUUCACCCAACUUGUUCUAUCUGGUUUUUGUCAUUAAAAAUAUUUCGACUCUUACUGCAAGGUUGGAUCUCAAAAGGCGACAAGUCUGCGACUGCACAAUGAAGGAGAUGACGGAAGGUCUCUCUUAUCGAACAAAAUACUUCGACUGCCCCCAUAGACAGAUGCUUUUGAUCCAAUCGUCGACUGUUAACCUGCUGGCAGGGUCGGUCGCGAAGUUGACGUGGAAAAUCAAAUAUCUUCUCCCCGAGCAAAACAAGCUUUCAUACAAAUUUGAACUAAGCUGCGACAGAACUAUUGUUUUAAAUGUAUUUAUCUACAGCGUACCUCUGGAUCAUUAUAUUUUGUCGGCUGUCGAUAAUACGUACGUGUUAAAUAUGGGGUAUAUUUUUAUUGGGUUAAGAGAGCCACCAGUUUUUGCGUUCUGGCUGUAUAACAACACCAACAAACCGGUACCUUUUAAAGUGGAUGAUUUCGAGAUUGUCAAACUGUGCAACGACGAGGAAUUCCCUGUUUUAAAGUGUCUUAAUUGCACAGGUUUUAUCAAACCGUGUUCCACUGGUCCCGUUCUGUUUAAAUUUUGGCCGAUUGAACAGAAAGAGUACAAGGUUUCAGUUCCUGUCCAACUAGGAAUGAGAGACGUAACCUUCACGAUACGAGGAAUUGGAUGUAUAAAAAAAAACAGAGUCAGGUUUAACGAUCUCAUGUCUUUGGUUUACAAACCAUUAAAAAACAAAGAUAUAAGUUUAUCAGUCGACUACCUCAUAAUUGAACCACUUUUAGUGUCAAACAACACCCAAACUAUGUUCUUCAUCAAAAAUUCUAACAGAAAUAAUCGUAUUAGUUACACCUGGAAACCUUGUUUCGUGGACGGCUUAGUGAAAAUCGAAGCUGUGAAGGAUAACGGGGUUUUACCACCCAAAGAAUCGCACUACGUUGUACUAAAAGUGACAUCUUUGAAUGAACCGUGCAGUUUACGAAUUCAACUUUUUUUGGAAUUUAUAAAUCUCGACGAACGAGAAGAAUAUGAAGCUCAAUGUCAACGAAGACGGCGUAGUUCACUAGAAGAAUUCAUUAUUACGGACUCAGAACAAUCUGCUCAAGAAAUAGAAGAAACCCUUCUGCCGCCACCCCAAGUUUUUGUUAUUGGUUUACCCAUAACUAUAAACGUCGUUGGAAUUCAAGACAGAGACGACUGCAUUACUGCAGAAGACCAAAUGAAACAAAAACCGUGGGAAACAGUUCAUCCCGAUCCUGAAGCAUUUCUUAAAGCGUAUUGUGACAGAAAGGUUAAAGAACGCCCUCUACAUCCCAAAAAAGAAAAAGAACAACCUGCAGAUGAUAAAAUUGAGCCUAUUUUACACAAAAACGUAGUUCAAAGCACGAUAGAGUACAUCCUCAGUGACGCCAUUUUCAGUCAUUAUUUCAUUGAAGUUUUGAAAACGUUGAAAACCGAGCCGUCCCCCGUUUAUCCUCAAAUUAAAUUCAAUCCAACCACACGGGAGAAAGAACGCAAACGAGAAAUCAAAAGGCUCGUUCAACAACCGCAGUUACCUGAAAUGACCGACGUCUGUGAAAAGAUGGUGCUUGAUUCACUGCAACUAACUUUUCAAUUAACGCCUACGCAGGAGCAAAGCAAGCCUAAAUAGUUUAUUGUAUUUAGAUCAUUCACAGAAUGUGUCUUCAACGCGUCGGAAAACAGCCAAAAAUUUAUCGCCUUCGUUGCGUGUUACUUUUUGGCCCUCCUCUGAACUACUGUAGAGUUUAUCAACAACAGGAUCAUCCUUCUGGAAUUAUAAAAUUCUUGUAAAUUUAUACAGUAAUUGUAGCAUCAUACCAAUUCUUCCUGUCCAAUUUGUUCGAAUAGAGGGUGGUCAGUAAAGUGUUGUUUCAUCCA